AUGGCGAACGGAUGGAGUCUUCUCGUCGGUCUCAUUGUCAUUGUGGCUCUCUCGCUAGCUGCAUGGUUCUUUAGCCCCAAGGGCGAAAAUCAGACCAAUUGUUUUCAUGGCCCAGCUACACCCUCUUAUCGCGCCCAAGAGGGCCAAUAUUCGACCUGGUUCAGUACCGGAGUAAAGAAUGAUGCCACCGAUGUCUUGCCUUUCCGCUACCGGGAUCGACCGGGGGCUCUCGCGUUGGAUGGAUGCCAUACUUCCCAGCUGACCACCCUUUGA